AAACUAAGGGCGGGGAGGGAUUUCCAGGAAAUGAAAGCGAAAGAAAGUUGAAUAACACCGAGCAGCUUUGGGCGACCCGGCAGUCGCUUCCUAGUCCAGCCAGGAUGGCGGCGUCUGGCCCCUUCCCGCUGCUGGUCGAGGGGUCCUGGGGAUCCGAUCCCCCGAAGCACUUGACCAACAAGCUGCAGAUGUACUUUCAGAGCCGGAAGAAAUCGGGCGGAGGGGAGUGCGAGGUCGUCCCGGAGCCCGGGAACCCAGCCCGCUUCCUGGUGCUCUUCUCCCCGGAGGAUGUCCGGCAGAAUGUUCUGGCGAAAAAGAAUCACGAAUUAGUGUUACAAGGAAAAGGAACGUUCAAGUUAACUGUGUGGUUGCCCGCGGAUCCAGGGGAAGCCUCAGUCUCUAAGGAGGCAAUUCCAGGAGAGGAAUCCAAGACAGAAGAAGAUGCUGUGAAAUCAGAUGACUUGGACACAACACGUUCUCCUAGCGAUGGAUCUGAGAAAACGGAAAACGUCCCAAAAGAAUGUGAACAUGCUUCCUCUAUGGUGGUAUUUGAAAACCUGCCAGAGAGAGUAGCCGACAUAGUACUGACCAUCCUAGUGGAGAACCUGAGUGGCCUCCCCAGUGAUGACUUUAAGAUGGAAAUGAUCCGGGACUUCAACCUUGCUGUGGUUACCUUUCAGAAGCCUAUAGACACCAAAAAGUUUAUUAUUGAUUGUAUCAGCCACCCCUCAAAUCAACGACUCCAGCUCACCCCAAGGCUUCUGGAACCCACAAAUGUAGUGAGGGUGGAAAACCUCCCUCCUGGGGUGGAUGAUUACCAGCUGCAGCUCUUCUUUGAAAACCCUUCCAAUGGUGGCGGAAGCGUUGCCCGGGUGGAGUGCUUCCCCGAAGAGAGUUCGGCGCUGGUUGAGUUUUGUGACAGCAAAGUGUUAGACACCAUUUUGGCCAAGAAACACAGCUACAACAAGAUGCCGCUGUCUGUCUUCCCUUAUUAUGUCUCUCUGGGCACAGCCUUGUACGGCGAGGAGAAGCCCCUGGUGAAGCUUCCAGCAUCUUUCCAAGAGUCUUUGGGUCUUCCUCUGUUGAAGUUCUUUCAAAAACACAAUCACCUGAUCGAGGAGAUAAAUGAGGAAAUGAGACGCUGUCACUGUGAGCUAGUGUGGUCUGAAACCAAUGGCAAACUGACCGUCAGACCAGCGGCCACCUUAGCCAGUCACAGACCAAGCAUUAAGACCUGGAAGAAUGAUGCAUCCGCUGCGCUCUCCGGCAUCAGGUCUAGAUACGAAGUUAAGCUGUUUGAGGUGUGUUUGCCAGUGUGGGACAUCAUCAAGCAUGAGUUAAGAGAUGACAGAGUUUUGAUUGAGUUUGAGAAGGAGAGUCUCACCAUAGCGGGAAAGUCAGAAGAUGUCCAAGACAUUAGCCAGCGAAUCAAGGAAUUGAUAGACAGCACCACCGAAAAGCUCAGAAGGGAAGAGCAGAGUCUGAAGGAGACCAUGACCAUCCCUCCGGGAAAGUAUUUUCUCUUGCAGCACAGCGGUUUCCUGAGGGAGCUAAAGCAAGGCUACCCGGAGAUGGAGAUCUCUUACGACACCACCGCCCAGCACCUGUGCCUUAAGGGGCUCCCAGCAGACGUCUACAAAGUGAAGUGUGACAUCCAGGAAAAGGUGUACGUCAUGGCUCAGAAAGACAUCUUGGUUUCUUCUGAAGUCUUCAUGUUUCUGCAGCAAGCAGACAGCCGGGAACUCUCCAAGACCCUUUUCGAGGCACAGACCAACCUUGCCACGUACGAGCUGAAAGGCACAUCCGUUCUCUUAACCGGUUGGUCUUCCCAAGUCCUGGCAGAAGCUGAGAAGAAGAUGCUCGGUGCUUUAAGUCAUAAGCACAUAGAGGUUGAGGACAAGGAAGUUCUUAAAGGCAAUGCGUGGAAAAAGAAAGUUCAAUCUCUGCAAAAGAGACACAGCUCCUCCGCAACCAUCGCGGUAAAGAAUGAAUUAACCUCAGGGACCGUCGCUGAGGUCAUUGUUGCGGGCUGUGUGAAGCAAGUAAAUGAAAUCCACAGCCAGCUCUUCGAGUUCUUGGAAAACAACACGAAAGUGGAAAGACUGGUUGAGCUAGAACCGUCCUUGAUAAUUGACUAUUUAAAGAUGGACAGGAGGCUGCUGUCGAAGACAAAAAAGACAAACGUGCAGGUGAAUUUCCAACCUAAAGACAACCCAAACAGCAUUUUGCUAACCGGCUCCAAGAAGAACGUUCUAGAGUGCGUGAACACAGUCAAGGAAAUCCGGGAUUCCGUCUGUGUCAAACAAUUCCAGACUGACAAAGCCGGUGCCAGGCACUUCUUCCAGGAUAAAGAAUCGUAUUACAGAAUGGAGAUGAGGCGCCAGUACGGAUGCAUCAUUGAGCUCCAGGAGGGUGGCGAGAAGGGGGGAGGCGGCAGUAAGGAGCAGAAGUGCCUCUUACAGAGGGACAUAGCCCCUGGAGUCACGCUGGUCGUACAGCAGGGAGACCUGGCCCUGUUUCCUGUCGAUGUGGUGGUGAACGCGGCCAAUGAGAACCUGCAGCACAUCAGCGGUCUGGCAGGCUCCCUGGCGAAAGCGGCUGGCCCUGAACUUCAAGCAGCAUGUAACCAGAUAGUGAAACAAGGCGGCCUGAUAUUCCCUGGCAAUGCGAUCAUCUCGAAAGCAGGCAAGCUCCCUUGCCAUCAUGUCAUCCACGCGGUAGGGCCUCGGUGGGAAAGGGAUAAGGUUGUGGCGUGUGUGAGCCUGUUAAAGAAAGCUGUGCAUCAAAGUCUCACUUUAGCCGAAAAGUACAAGUGCCAAUCCAUAGCCAUACCAGCUAUCAGCGCUGGGAUCUUUGGCUUCCCCUUAGACCAGUGUGUGGCAACCAUUGUUUCAGCCAUCAAGGAAAACGUCCUACGCAAGCAAGACGGACACACCUUGAAAAAGAUUUAUCUGGUGGGCCUGUCUGCAAAGGUUGCAGAGGCCUUUGUGGAAGCCGUGAAAACCACGUAUAGAGACACUCUUUUCCACAUAGAUUUCCCACCCAGUUCAAAGGCAUUAGUACCCCCUGGGAAAACACCACAGAAUCAGGGCUGUCUGCUGGUGUCACCCGAAGGCCUGAGAAUCCGCCUGGUGGAAGGAGGUGUGCAGGAUGCCAAG